AUGGCGCUGUUGGUGUGGACUGAAUUCGGUAAAGGUUUGAUCAAGAAAUUGAAAGUAUCACCCGAUGGUUUUCUGCAAAUGUGUCUUCAGCUGACAUAUUUUAGGAAUCAGCAUAAAUUUGCGUUAACAUACGAGGCCGCAAUGACCCGACUGUAUCGUGAGGGUCGAACCGAGACCGUGCGAUCGUGCACAAAACAGAGUUGUGAAUUUGUAUGUGCGAUGCUUGAUCCUGAGAAAACGCGUGAGGAGCGAUUGCGUUUAUUGCACACUGCAUGCGUGCGACAUCAGGAAUUGUAUCGGUCGGCAAUGUGCGGAAAAGGUAUCGAUAGGCACUUGUUCGCUUUAUACGUUGUGAAGCGUUAUCUGGAAGAGGAGUCGCCGUUCCUAGAUAAGGUCUUCCCACCCACAUACACACUUUCGACCAGUCAAACACCGUUGUAUCAGUGCUGUGAGGAGUCAAAACUUAUGACGCCCNUAAUGGCUAUGGAAUAUCAUACAAUAUUGCUGGUGAAAAUCAAAUAUCUUUCCACAUUUCGUCGAAGAGAUCAGCGGAAAACACGUUCGGCUGGAUUUCGUGAUGAUUUGGUGAAGAGUUUACGUGAGAUGCGUGAUUUGUUUCUUGCUGACACCAUUGAGAUGAAUGGAAAAGUAUAA